GAUAAUAUUUUGCUCAAGCUUCUGUCAGCUCUGGGUGCCGGUCAGAGCUGAGCCUUGUACGGAGUAAAUAUCCGACAAUUUCGGCGUCCUCGGAGUUCAUGGGAGUCGUGGGCAUGUGCCAUUCGCUGGUCCAAUAUUCGCUGAGGAACCAUGAAAGCUCAUUCACUUGACUAGAGUGAAUGAGCUUUCAUGGUCACCCCCCCAGCUGAGAUCCUUGGUGAUUUGCAUCCUAUUGUUGGAGUGACUUGCAAAAGCCAAAGUCGAGGGAUAGUUAACUAUUUAAGCUGGUGGGGUUUUGGCACUUGAACUAGAGCUUUAGUCUUUUGACACCCGCAACUAUUAACCACGCAAUUGUUUCGAGGCGGACAUUUGUCUCGCAGACGAGAAGAAUUAAACGCGAUGGAUGCAGCAAUUGAUCUCUCAGAUGCCUCCAAGGCCUUGGACCUCGACAACAUCCGUUUCCAACUGAUCCGCCUGGAAGACACCAUAACCUUCCACCUCAUCGAGCGCGUUCAAUUCCCUCUCAACAAGCGGAUCUAUAUCCCUGGCGGGGUGAACAUCCCCAAUAGCGACCUUAGCCUUAUGGACUGGAUGCUCCGCGAAACAGAACGAAUUCAGUCGCGCGUUCGACGCUAUCAAUCGCCCGAUGAAUAUCCAUUCUUUCACGAGGCACUCGAGACACCGAUCCUCCAACCCCUCCAGUACCCGCACAUCCUGCACAAGAAUGACGUGAAUGUCAAUGAUAUGAUAAAGUCGAGGUAUAUUAACGAGAUUUUACCCCAUGCGUGCGGCAAGUUUGGCGGAAGGGAAGACCGGGGAGAGGCUCAAGAGAAUUACGGGUCCGCGGCUACAUGUGAUGUGAGCUGUUUGCAGGCGCUGUCGAGGAGGAUUCAUUUUGGAAAAUUCGUCGCUGAAUCCAAGUUUCGAAAAGAGCCGGAACGGUUCGUGAAGUUGAUUAAAGCAGCGGAUAAAAAGGGGAUUGAGGAUGCAAUCACGAAUAUCCAGGUGGAGAAAAAGGUCCUGGAGAGGUUGAGGUUGAAGGCUGCUACGUAUGGUAGAGACCCGGCGAAUCCUGAUGACAGUAAUUCGAAGAUUGAUGUUGAAGCCGUUGUUGCCAUGUACAAGCACGCUGUUAUCCCUAUGACGAAGAUCGUAGAGGUGGAAUACCUUAUGCAACGAUUGCAGGGAACAGAAUGGGAAACCAAUUGAUUGUAGUGACUUAAUAAUGGCAUAUUACAUGCCUCUUUUUCCUUUUUACGAGAUCUACGACCCGCAUUGGGAGCAAAGGUAAGGGGAUACACCAUUCAGGAAAUAGAUAUCGAUAGAAUUUAAUAUAUUCAAGAUGGAGGACUGGCAUAGUCUUUGACGGCGUUAACCGCCGUCUCAAACUUCGAAGCUUCUAUCAAAAUCAUAGA